CGCACGCAUCGCGUGCUGAUCCAAAGCAAUCGUGAACAAGAUGGCUUCUGCUGCAGCUUUCGGUCAAAAUUCAAAUUGGGCUGGACAUAGGAAUCUGAAUGCCAUACGUCCGACUGUACCUCCGACAUCGCCCAGGAUGCCACAGUCUUGGACGCCCAAGUGGUUUCAGCAACACGCAGCCGAAGACAUUCAACUCGAACAGGAUAGCAAUGCUCUUCUGGAAUCGCAAGAAAUGCUGGCCGCGGAUCGUCCGCCAUCGAAGUUAAAGGGAAUGACGUGGCUACUUCUGCUACCUGUCGCUUUUAUCCUGAUCGUCAUCUGCAUCGCUUACGCACAAAGAGAGAUUAACCAGGCAGAGACAACGGAAAUCGUGAAUGCCGAAGGUGCGGGAAUUGCCUCCCUGUUCCCGCCGACAGAAUUCGAGGACGACUACACGGAAGACUCCAACGCAACGUCCAGCACCUUCCAGCCAAACCAUACCCUCGGCUACUUUCAAUGACGCUUGAGGACUGAUGGCACCGACACAUCAUGGGCCGAAACGAGGCGCGGCCUGGUGCCUGAAGAUGCAAGCCCUCACGAAAGAAGUAUACGUAGACGACUUGGACGUCGAUGAAGAAGGCCUUGCAGAGUCCCUUCUUGACGACCAAGCCGUGGCACGCGUUGCAAGACCUGGGACGUCUCUACGGACACCGGCACAGAAUAUCAGCCAUGCACUCCGGCCAGUGACUAGGUCUGGACGCCCUGUCACCGGUGUUGUCCGACCAGACACGCAAGGUGGCGGCGGGCCGGGUUUAGAACGGGCCAUUCGCACGGCCCGCAGCGCUGCGACAGCGCGGCCCGCUACUAGCGCCUCGGCACGCAAGACCCGUCUCUCUACGGCGGUUGCUUUGGGUCAACCUGGCGGGCAGUUUAUCAACCUGGCCCGCUUGAAUGUGUCGAAGUAUGCGGGCCGGCCCGCCAUCGCCAAGCCGCUGUUUCAGUAUUUGUACUACCAUGAAAAUGACACGCGCCUGGCUUUGGACCUCGCAGCGCAAGCAACUCAAGCCUGUGACUACAAAGAUUGGUGGUGGAAGCUUCAGCUUGGAAAGUGUUACUUUAGACUAGGGAUGCUGCGGGACGCCGAGCGCCAGUUUAGAUCUGCCCAAACGCAGCAAGCUAUGAUGGACACUUUCUUGUGGCUAGGAAAGGUCUACAUUCGACUCGACCAGCCCCUGGCCGCGCUAGAAGCUUACCGCCAGGGUCUGGAUUUGUUUCCUGGUGACGCCACGCUGUUGACCUGCAUCGGACGCAUCUACGAGGGCCUGCACGACAUCAAUCUGUCCGUCAAGUGCUACAAGGAUGUCCUUACCCGUGAUGCCAUCAAUGUUGAAGCCAUCGCGUGCAUAGCUACGAACCACUUUUACUCGGAUCAACCUGAAGUUGCUCUUCGAUAUUAUAGACGCCUACUGCAGAUGGGAGUCUACACUGCGGAGCUGUACAAUAACUUAGCCCUGUGCUGCUUCUAUGCUCAGCAGUUCGACGUCGCUCUCACGUGCUUCGAACGUGCCUUAGCCAUCGCAAACGACGAUACGCUGCCUCACGUUUGGUACAACCUGGGACAUAUCGGCCUAGGUGCAGGUGACAGACGUCUAGCUACCCAGUGCUUCAGGCUAGCCCUCGUUUAUGACAACAACCAUGCAGAGUCCUACAACAACCUUGGUGUCAUUGAACUAUCUCGCCGCAACCACGACCAGGGAAAGGCGUACUUCAAAGCCGCAGCUGAACUUGCAUCGCACCUGUAUGAGCCAGCUUACAAUUAUGCAAUGCUCAUGGAGGAGGAAGGGAACUAUGAGGAAUGCUUCAGAUAUGUACAAAAGAGUAUCCAGGCGUUUCCACAGCAUGCAGAUAGCAAGACUCUUCUCUCACGGAUGAAGAAGCUCUUUUCUGCUCCGUGAGCGCAGCUAGAAGGAAAUAUACUCAUCGAGUGCCGUACCACAUCUUCGUUUAUUUCUCUGAACAGUUUUGCUGGUAAAAGGCUCCACAAAGAUCGCUCUUAUUGUAAAACUCGUAAAUAAAUUAAACCACAUUU